UCAGUUGAUUUUCAAGCAAAAGAAGCUCAGAAAAGUGUCAAUAGAAGGCACGGGAAAAGGGAAAACUAAGCCAAGUGAUUGAGAGAUUGCAGCAGACACUUCCCAGGAACUGGGACAUUGGAACUCCAGACAACUAUAAAAGCACUGUUCGUCGCCGAAACGGAAGUUAGUGAGCGGAACUGCAACAUGGAGACCCAUCCACAGGCCCGGAGAAUGCAACUAAUUUGGAUUUGUCUGUCCAUUUGGUUAGCUGCAGGUGCAACAGUAUCUGGAAAGCCAGAGAAUGCCGUUUCGCAGGAGCCACGGCAUCGCAGCAAGCGCACAAUGACCACAAUCUGUGUGGAGAUCAGACCCAGUGGGCCGCAGGAUGAGCCCUACUACAUGUGCCGGGGUGCCAACUUCGCGGCUGAGAGCGGCCAACAGGGCUGUGUGGAGGUGAAGAAUCAGGGAGGAGGACAGGAACCUGUCUACAUGUGUCAGGGCAUGGAGCCCGGGAAGUCUCUGCCCGGAGACGGAAGCCAUCACGCUCCUAAAAAUGAUCAACCUGUUACGCAGCCUGGAUCUGUACACACCUUUCCGUCCUUUCCCGCCUUUGGAGGCGGGUCUACCCAACAACACCCACAGUUUCCAGAGAAUUCCUUUCAUCAAUUUCCCACACCGCCGGCAUCUCCAUCGCCCCCGUCGCCAUACCAGGAGCAGUCGUCCUACCCUCAGCCUCUUCCUCAGCAGUCCCAGCCCCCAGCUUUCGGAACAAGCGGAUUCCAUGGACCCCCCUUGGCUGCCCAUACAUCUGCACCUGCAGCGCACUCAUAUGGCCUGCCGUCAGUACCUUACCCAACUCUGGGCAGCCCGUCAGCGUUUCCACAAGGAGCUCCAAAUGGCCCAAGCCCAGCGGCCACGGCCCCUUCGUAUGAUCCUACAGCAGAUCAGGGCCAGGCGAACCGUCCCAGCAAGGAAUAUGGGAUAGUUGGAAGUAGUCGUCACCGCUUUGGUUUUGAUGACGAUGUUCUGGGUGUACCCGAUGUGGGAUUCAGGUCAGAAGAACUCAAUCAGCAAUAUCGCAGACCAGUGAAUCAGCCUCAGGAUCAGAUGAUGUGGGUUCCCAUAACGCAUCCAUCUGAACCCGAAAAUGAUCCCGUGAUGAGAGCUUUCUACAGCAGUCUGACCGGAGCAGGAUCACAGAGUCAGGAGGCCACAGUGCCCGCUGAUAUCCAAAGGGAAAGUGUAUUAGGACAAGCUCCUCCAAACUAUACUCCAUACAACAGUCAAUCUCCAGGACUGGCACCUCCACCAACUGCACCUUAUGAGACACCUAAUUCUACGCCGAAUUGCAAUGGAUGCCUUGCCCCCUCAUCACCGGUGCAAUGUCAGACGCCAGCGGAUAAUCGGAUGAGUUAUAGCACCUCCUGUCCCAGCUUCCAGCCCGUCAUCAUAGCCAUGCCAUGCUAUGGACAACAGCAGCCAACGCCCUACUAUUCUGUGCCACGAAACGCACCUGGAAUCUUGCAGAGACCACCUCCCACACUCGCCCCUCCUUUUGGCUUGUCUCCUGCCCCAGUGGCGGGUCCAUUUGGCGGAGCCUUCGGAAACGGUGGCCAGAUGGGAGGCAGUCCCUUUGGGAUGUCCCAAGGCUAUGGCAUGGAUCAGCAGGUGGGCGGACCUUUUGGCAUGGGAAUGCAGCUCGGUAUGGGUCUAAAUCCCUUCGGCCCCUUCGGAACCCUCAAUCCGUUUAAUCCCUUCAAUAGAAUCCUUGGAGCACCGGCUCAAGCACAGCCAGCACCAAAUGGAAACUUCUUUCAGCGGGUUUUUAAUUUCAAUCCGAAUGAGUAUGCAUUCCCAACUACGGAAGCAGCACCUGCCGUGGAGACAUCGACUACCGAAAGAUCUGGAAAGUUGAACUUCGCCUCCAGCACUCCGACCUCUCCGACACCUCCAAUCAGUUCAACGCCUUCCAGCAUUUCGACGCCUUCAAACACAGAGAAGUCACCUAGUGACAUAUUGGGCGAUGCUCUCGAAGAGGAGGUGGGCGAAGAUGACUCCCUUGAACCAGAGGAUCUCGACGCCGACCUGCUGGCGACCACCGCACCUGAGGUUCUCGAUAAGAAGCAACAAGCAGAAGUAACUGCUGGACAACUUGUUAGCAAGGCGACGGAUCUUUUGAAGCCGGAAAAACGCAAGAGGCAACAUUCCCGGAGCAGCAGGCGAGCUUCCCAGAAGCACAGAUAUCUCCAACAAUUGUAAUCUUACUUACAGUUUUGUAAAUGGAACCCUUAAAUUGAAUAAAAUUUAUUUUAUAGUUAUCAAGAAUAAUAUAA